GGAUAAGUGGCAUGUGUAAGGGGGAAAAAUUCAUCACUUAUGGAAGAAGUUGACAACAUAAGAAAAUGGUAGCCGUAACGUGAAAUUGGUACUAGGGUUUUAAAAAGGGUCCACUCUCCAGUAGCGAAGAAUCUUCAACACGGAACAAGAAAUGGGAAAUUAGAGGAAAAGGGUUUGCAAUUAAAGAACAAAGUCGAUUCCUUGGAAGCAAAACAGAGCAAUAACAGAAUGGAGGAGGAACAAAGGGUUGCACAAGUCGAAGUGGCGAAGCAGAGAUGCAAGUGCGUCAUUGAUGCCAUUGACAAGUUACCUUGUUCCACCAACAUCACUCACUCGUGUAAACGAACCCUCCUGAAAUUGGCACGUGCCGAUCUCUCUUUCCUCUCUCGCCCCUCGUCUUCUUCUUCUUCUGGGCCCCUCAGUGUCAACAUUGGGCACCUUGAAACAGUUGUCCAUAUUCUCCAGCAGCCUUUCAUAACUGGAGUUUCUCGAGUUUGCAAGUCAAUCCCACUCUCACCUUCUGUUAGCAGUGAAGAAAGACUUGAUUCUUCUCUUAAACACAUUCAUGUUGAUGUGGUUUGUACCCUCAACAGGAAGCCUGUCUGGAUUAUAGUAUCUGAUAGAAAUCCAGAGUAUAUUUCUUGGGAUAGAAGCCGUAAAAGUAAGGGUUUAAAGCUACGGAUUCAAGAAGUACUUGCUGCUGCGCAGUCUAACUUAACAUUAAGACCUUCCUCAGUCAUUCUUUUCUUUGCCAAUGGGCUUGCAACCAACAUUUACAACAAACUUCGAGAUGAACUUGGGGCAUAUGAAAUCGAGUUGGAUUUCUCAGUUUUCAGUUCUGACGUGUUGGAAGAAACUGAAGGUGACUGGAUAAAUGUUAUUGCAAGAUCAUACAGAAAUUCAUGUGUCCUUGAAAUUAACCCUGCUGUUGGCAAGGAUGUUGUUCCAAAUUCUGGGUGUAUUAUUCAAGGUUCGGCUGUAGACUCUUCCCAAAUAGAUCUUUCGGUAGGAAAAGCUGAAACUCAACCACAACAAUUGGAAGAAAAUGCCAGAACUGGGGACUACUCUCAUCUUGAGCUUUUUGUAGAUGAAGCCAAAACUCAACCACAGCCUAUAGAAGAGAAUGUUGGAAUAAACUUGGGUGAUACAUUCUGUUCCAUUCUUAUGGGAAUGAAACCAAUUUCAAUGGAGAUUAAAAAAUUUGAAUCCGCAAAACCUGGGAAUCUCUUAGGUGAGACCGACCUAGUAAAUUUUGAUACAACAGCUCUGAUAGCUCUUGUUUCAGGAAUUAGUAAUGGUGGAACAAAUAAACUUCUGGCUACUCCUGACAGUGAAAUGAGGCAGAGGUUUAAGGGAAACUUCGAUUUUGUGAUUGGUCAAAUAAUGUCUGAAAUUCAAAACCCAAUCCAUUUGAAAUUUGGUAGAAUCCUACAUGGAAAGCAUGGCCUAAUUUGUGAGAGUGUUCUUUUGGAAUUUAAGGAGUUGGUAUCGAUGUGUGGAGGACCCAAUGAGAAACUGAGAGCUGCCAGGUUGAUAGAUUAUCUCAGGGUUGUUCCUGAUACUCCCUCAGAGCGCAUGAUGGGCCUCCCAACAACAAGAAAGCUGGCAUUGAAAAACAAAGUUGUCUUUGGCACUGGUGACCGUUGGCAUGCCCCUACUUUAACUGCAAAUAUGGCAUUUGUCAGAGCAGUUUCACAGACAGGGAUGUCCCUUUCUACUAUUGAACAUAGACCAAGGGCCUUAACUGGUGAUUAGUGGCAUAAAUUCCUGAAAACAAGUCUUGAGGCAUUCAUUCAGGCACCACUAAACCUGCAACAUAUUUUGUUGACAGGUGUUCAAAAGUUCCAUUUUUCUUUCUUUUUGGUGAGUAUUCCUACCACUGGUUGUUGAAUGCAUGUAUAUGAACACUGUAGGAUUUUACAGCUUCAAACUUCUGAAAACUUUGCCAUCUAAGGAUUUAUUACAUAUUCAUAUCAUUAAUGUGAGUUUAUAUAAAGUUUGGGUUAGAGUUGCCUCGUGAGAAUCUUUAAUAGCGUUUUCCUCCCACUAAGCCUCAGAUUUUAUAUAUAAACGGCAAUAGCUCUGAUUUUUUUAUUCUUCCAAAUUGAGAUAUGUUAUUUUUAAUAUUUAACGUCACCAAUUAGCUCACCGUUUAGUAUAUACAUUGCAGCAACUAUUGCUCUUGCAUUUGUCACAAUCCACACAUUCUCAAUGGUCAUCGCAUCUAUUGAGUACACAUAGGGGAACAAAGUGGAUACAUAUUUUGUUCCCAUUGUUCACAUUGUUGUAGGAAUGGGGGUAAAAUAUCACUCUUUACAUUAUAUUUUUACCCUAAAAUUUACAGCUGUAACUAGUAACCAGCCAUCUUUCACCAGUGGUGUCUGUCUGCUUGAAUUUUAGUGGAUUUCAGAAAACAUGAGAAGUGUAACAAUAAAAGGUCCCCUGUAUGUACUGUGAAUUAUAUUUUAUCAAUUGAUAUCUUGGAAUAUAAAUGUUUUUUUUAUGACUUUUGCCUUCAAUUAAGGCUUAAAACUACAUUGUUUUCUUUGACUUGCUGUUUCCUUAUCCAGACAAUUUGGUGCCUGGUGGUUGUGCUGUUGGCAUUCCUCUUCUCUAUUUCAUUAUCUUGACCUUGGCUCAUUGUGGGAGGAGGGUUUGGAGAAGAUGGACAGAAAACCCAAUCAAAAAGUGUUGCAGCUUCUGUAUUUGGUAUUCUUGAUGGAAAUCACAAAUUGACCCAAGUGAUGACUCUGGAUUCACAUACAAGUGAAGGGAGAGAUUGAAUUUAAAAAUGUUAGUUUCAAGUACCUACCAGACCUGAUGUUCAAACAAGGUGUAUUGGCACUUAGAUUGGAAGGAUCCAGAGUGGUUGGUGAUUUGGCCACUCAAAAGAAAGAGAUUGUAGUACUCUGCUCAGCUGGAAGGACCCAAAAGCACCAGAUUUUGAGGAUUUGCAUUUCAUUAUGUCAGGAUUUUUUGUUUUUGAACUUUGUGAUAGUAGUUCUGGUUAAUUCGUAAUUUUGUAGGCUGAGUUGAAAUUAACUUGUUUUGAUGUUGUGGCCUUUUUGAGCAUUCUUUAUUGCUUAUGAGUUCAACAUCUGCAAUGUUCUGACUAUAGUAGAGUAGUUUCUGUGUGAAGAUAGAUAAAUACAUGUGUACAUAAAAAAAAACUACAUAAAAUAGUUGAUUUUGUGACAUUUCUUUGGACUGCAUAA